CGGGUAACGUCGCUCGGGUUAUAUUAUCGCCGUCUGCCCUCCAACUGACAUUACUCCGUCGCCGCCCGCCGUGUUAGUGUGUUGUGCGAGGACCUCGUGUAUUUUAUUCUCUUCUUCCUUGACUGCCAAUCUCCAUAGCGGACAUGAGCAAAAUCGGAAUCAACGGAUUCGGCCGCAUCGGGCGUCUGGUGCUCAGGGCGUCCCUGGAACGAGGGGGCCAGGUGGUUGCCGUUAACGAUCCGUUCAUCGGCCUCGACUACAUGGUCUACAUGUUCAAGUAUGACUCCACGCACGGCAGGUUCAAGGGCGAGGUCAAGGCCGAGGAUGGAUGCCUGGUGGUGAACGGCAACAAGAUAGCCGUAUUCAGCGAGCGAGACCCCAAGGCUAUUCCAUGGGCAAAGGCUGGAGCCGAGUACGUCGUCGAGUCCACCGGAGUCUUCACCACCAUCGAGAAGGCCUCGGCUCAUCUGGAGGGUGGAGCCAAGAAGGUGAUCAUCUCCGCGCCCUCGGCUGAUGCGCCCAUGUUUGUAUGCGGCGUUAAUUUGGACGCGUACGAUCCCUCUUUUAAAGUCGUGUCCAAUGCUUCUUGCACAACCAACUGCUUGGCACCUCUGGCCAAGGUCAUCCACGACAAUUUCGAGAUCGUCGAGGGCUUGAUGACCACUGUUCACGCCACCACUGCGACCCAGAAGACUGUUGAUGGUCCUUCCGGGAAGCUGUGGCGUGAUGGCCGUGGAGCAGCUCAGAACAUCAUCCCCGCUGCAACUGGUGCUGCCAAGGCUGUAGGAAAGGUCAUUCCAUCCUUGAAUGGAAAGCUGACUGGAAUGGCCUUCCGUGUCCCGGUUGCCAACGUCUCCGUGGUCGACUUGACAGUCCGACUUGGCAAGCCUGCCAAUUAUGACGCCAUCAAGGCCAAGGUUAAGGAAGCUGCUGCACCAGGUGGAGCCCUUGAUGGUAUACUCGCCUACACGGAGGACGACGUUGUCUCUUCUGACUUCAUUGGCGACAACCACUCCAGCAUAUUCGACGCCAAAGCUGGCAUUCCUCUGAACGACACCUUCGUCAAGCUGAUCUCUUGGUACGAUAACGAGUUCGGCUACUCCAGUCGCGUUAUCGACCUUAUCAAGUACAUGCAGUCCAAGGAUCAGUAAACGUCUUCAACUGUGCGUGGCGUUUAACGGCGAUCGACCAUCAUCGCCGUAAUCCGGUAGCACCUCUAGACAAUAUGAUCAUCGCUGUUGUUAUAACUGGUGCGACAUUUGCGUAAUGUUAUGUCGAUGUCAUGAUAGUCCUACGUUCAGCGAAGAGAGGGACACGUGGAGGACCCUGCUACUUGGGUCGCCGAAGAGGUUGCUUGUCUAAUGUAUGAUGUAUCGCGAAUUGAGAUGGGCUCGACAUUGCAAAGGCCGGUCUUCUAUAUGUUAUUCAUGCUUAACAUGGGUAAUGGAUUGACGCACAUCGAUGUAAACUACUCUGCCCCGUAUCUGUAACCACUUCGCAGAGAUGGCGCGCUCUGCUGCUGCGACGGUUGGACGUCGUGACUCCACGUUGCGUUUACGGUCGAUGCGGUUUGCUGGCUUAACGACGCGUUAUUGCGAAACAUGGCUCGGAUAAAAAUUAUUCCUGAUUGUGUUCUGGACAACUUUUAUUCGGGAUAGUUUUCUGUAACAUUCGAUGUUGAUCGGGGAAACGCGAUUAUCUAUGGCAAUGUGCAGGUCAUGACGUUUAGCGUUGGCGCAAUGGCUGAAUCGCGGUGUGAAGUGUUCGAGUAAUUCUCAACAUCUGAACUCGUGUUAUUGGAACGCCGUAUCGCAGUGAUAAUUUCUUAUCACUUGGAACUACGGUUGAUGAUGGUUUAACUUCGGUUGUAAAAUGUUUCUUGCAGUUGAGAAUGAGCACAGAAUCGGCAGUACUUGUCCAAUUCCUUGAUGGGAUGUAAUCAGUGAGGAGUGAUAAAUUACGGAGGAUAUAAGUUAUUCAUUUAGCGUUUUCAUUUGCGUAGAUGAAGUAACGUAUUGAGUGUAGAAUGUCGUCGAUACUAUUCUGUAAUUGGUUCCCUUAUGUAACCUUGUAUUGUACGAUUGGUGAAAAUGAUAAACUUUAGUCAUGUACUUGUA